UUUUCCUUUUUACCUUUUUGUCCUUAUUGUAACUCUCAUUGACUAUAUAUACGGGGGCUCUACACUUAGUUUGUAUCCCUUUCACUUACAUCUAUCUCAAGUGAGAUAAAGUAGGAGAUUCUCAUCAGAAAUUUAUUCCUUGUGCUUGCCUCUUCUAUCAUUCAUGCCAGUUGUAGACAAUGCCUGUAGCUUAAUUGCCAGUUUCCCAUAUCAUUUUAGUGGAGGAUAUCUUGUGAUUGGUACUAGGGUAUGUUCAACAGCUAAUCUUUGUUGUCUUUGCAUUUUUAUGAACUUCAGAUGGGUUGAGCUGGCUACUGGUCCUGUGAUGCUUUCAACUUUAGAAAAUGAAAAGAUUGUAAGAGGCCUUGCAGGGAUUCCUUCUGAGGGACCAGUUUUGUUUGUUGGUUAUCACAUGUUGCUAGGUUUUGAAUUGGCUCCUUUAGUAUCCCGUUUUUGGAUUGAAAGAAACAUUCUUUUGCGAGGGAUAGCACAUCCAAUGGUUUUUACUAAGCUGAGAGAAGGAAGAUUGCCGGAGUUAUCAACAUUCGAUACGUUCCGAACUAUGGGUGCAGUUCCUGUGUCAGCAACUAACUUUUAUAGACUUUUAUCUUUGAAAUCUCAUGUCCUGCUGUAUCCUGGUGGCAUGCGGGAGGCUCUUCAUCGAAAGGGUGAAGAUUACAAGCUAUUUUGGCCAAAACAGUCUGAGUUUGUCAGGAUGGCAGCUAGAUUUGGAGCCAAAAUUAUACCUUUUGGUGUUGUUGGAGAAGAUGAUAUUGGUCAAUUGCUUGUUGACUAUGAUGACCAAAUGAAGAUUCCCUAUAUGAAGGCUUUUAUAGAGGAUCUAACUGACGAGGCUGUGAAAUUGAGGACUGACAGUGAAGGAGAGGUUACAAAUCAAGAUGUACACUUACCAGGAAUUUUACCCAAAAUUCCAGGCCGUUUCUAUUACUUCUUUGGAAAGCCAAUUGAAACUGAAGGGAGGAAACAGGAACUGAGGAGCAGAGAGAAAUCACAUGAACUGUAUUUAGAAGUGAAGUCUGAGGUUGAGAGAUGCAUAGCUUAUUUGAAGGAGAAAAGAGAAAAUGACCCCUACAGGAAUAUAAUACCUCGGUUAAUUUAUCAAGCAACACAUGGUUUUGAAUCCGAAGUCCCAACAUUUGAAAUUUGAUCUUUUCUCACCCGUCCACGAUGAAUUCCUCCUGUUUCCCUUCUCAUUCGCCUGUCUGGAUGGAGGUGCCCUCCAACACUUGAAGGACGUACGUACGGAAGGUUUUCACCUGCCUUUUACUGAUAGGGAUUUUAACCUCACCACAUGGUGAUGUACUCGAUAGUCAUGUUUUUAGCCCAUUCCACAGAUCAUUCAUUUAGUAAAGGAGGAACAGAUUAAAAAAUCAUAGGGAAUAAAAAAAAUAAAAAUUGGGGGCACAACGAAUGAGGUUUUCAUGUAUCAUAGCUGUUUGCAAACAUUUGUAUCACUAAAGACCAUGAAAGGAGAAGCCAUUUUAUAUUGCUCUGGUUUUUUGUAAUGUAUCAGUGGAGAUUUGCUCCAGAUCAUCAACAAUAACAAUGUAGAUGACAAUUUAUGAAACAUUCGUUUGAAAU